AUGCAGCGGGACUUGGGGAGCUACCCGCUGGCCCCUGGCGUGCGAGUAAAACUGGUGAGUGCGGGCUUCCAGACAGCCGAGGAGCUCCUGGAGUUGAAGCCUUCGGAGCUCAGCCGAGAAGUUGGAAUCUCUAAAGAGGAGGCUUUGGAAACACUGCAAAUAAUAAGGCGGGAAUGCCCCAUGGAUAUGUCAAAAUAUGCCUCUGUGUCCACAUCAGGCAAGAAAUGUACAGCAUUGGAACUUCUUGAGCAAGAACACACCCAGGGCUUUAUAAUUACCUUUUGUUCAGCACUGGAUAAUAUUAUGGGAGGUGGAAUACCGCUAACCAAAACAACAGAGAUUUGUGGUGCACCAGGUGUUGGAAAAACACAGUUAUGUAUGCAAUUGGCAGUAGAUGUACAGAUCCCAGAAUGUUUUGGAGGAGUAGCGGGUGAAGCCAUAUUCCUUGAUACAGAAGGAAGUUUUAUGGUUGAUAGAGUGGUAGAUCUUGCCACAGCCUGUGUUCAGCAUCUUCACCUUAUUGCAGCAUCACACUUGGAAGAAGAGGAGUACCAAAAAGCAUUGGAGAACUUCUCCCUAGAAAGCAUACUCUCUCAUAUUUAUUAUUUUCGUUGUCACAACUAUACGGAGCUACUGGCACAGGUUCACCUCCUUCCAGACUUCCUUUUGGAACAUUCAAUGGUCCAGCUGAUUAUAGUGGAUGGGAUUGCAUUUCCUUUUCGGCAUGAUUUUGAUGACCUCUCCCGUCGAACACGGUUACUGAAUGGACUAGCACAGCAGCUGAUCAGCAUGGCAAACAAUCACAAAUUAGCUGUAAUUUGGACUAAUCAAAUGACAACAAAGAUUGACAAAAAUCAAUCCUUGCUAGUUCCUGCUUUAGGGGAAAGUUGGGGACAUGCAGCUACGAUUCGAUUAAUCCUUCAUUGGGACCAAAAGCAGAGAUUAGCGACAUUGCACAAAUCACCAAGCCAGAAGGAGGCCACCGUACUGUUCGAUAUAACGGCCCAGGGUUUUCGAGAUGUAGUUGUUCCUUCUCCAUUAUUGCCCUCAGUGGAACCUUCAACAAACCCCCGAAAGCGGUCACAAGAAGCAAGGGAAGAAGAAUAGUAUUUUAAAGAUUUUGCAUCUUGCGUAGUAUAAAAAUAUUGUAAAGAUCAUUAAGUGCUGGUUACAGUUUACACAGCAAAAAUUUUAAACAAUCAUAGAAUGUCUCCAGUAUCAACCACAGUAUUAAACUGACAAUAUAAGACAAUCACAUCAGUCAUAAAAUGACGUUACCAAAUACUCAUAAAUCAUUUAUUAAAACAGUUUUAUAGAAUAUACUCAAGCAAUAAAAAUGGUUGUAAAUGUUAAAAUACAUAAAAAUAUAUGCUUAGUAAGUUAAUAUCAUUAAUUUGGAGAUUUUAUAAAAUCAUACUCUGCCCAUUUCAUUAUUGAUAUACCUAUUGGUUAUUAAACUCUCAUCCCAGUAAUACAUUGUACAUAAAUAUCUAUACCUAAUUGUAUUACAAACCUUCUAAUUAUGUAUGAUUUUAAUAAUACUUGAACCUAAUUUUAACCUUGACAGCACAGGAUCAUUACCAGGAUUCUUACCUGCUAAAAGCACCCACAAUCACUAUGUCAUAAUAUAUACUAAAAUGUUUUCAACCCUCAUGUUGUACCACUCUCUGGUAUUCAGGUUCUUUCCUGCUCUGGCAGUCCUAGGCAUACUAUAUUAUUUUUGUUGAAUCAAACAGUUGUGGCAGUGUGUUGUAGCUGUUGUAGUCUAGUCCUAAGUUUGAAAGUGUGAUUGUAGUGCCUCUUCUAAACCUGCAGCUGUGACUAAUACAGGUUUAGAUGAGGUCAGGCACUUUUGGAUCAUGUCUACAGGUUGUGGCACUACCUAGAUGAUAAUGGCAGCGGGAAGUUUUUGUUCAAUCCUCUUUUCCUUCCACAUUUAUUUCCCAUGUUAACUAAAGCAUUAGGUGCUGUUUAAAGGAACACAAACUAACUUUCUUUAGUUCAUGAAUCACUAGUCAGCAAAGCAAAUAAAAGGGACCUCCUUCAAAAACAAAAUAUAUAGACAAGUAGAAGUCAUUGAAGUUCAUCAGUAGGCCUGGUGGAUAACUAAUUUCAUUAAGUGUUUCACUGUAGUGCCAGGAGGUAACCGCUAAAAGCUGUAAUGACACUGUCAUUGCUUGAUUUCCAUUCAGUUAACUUUUGUUAAAUUGUAGAUAGCCACAUGUAAUAAUAUCGCUAUUUGGAUUGCAAAGUCACCAUUCAGCCAUUAAAGUAAUCAAUCUCACUAAAUGAUGUCUCACUAUU